AUGACGCCGGCAGGCGGUGAAAAGCCUGGGGUAAAUCAGGGGUCCCCUGAACAUCGCCAAGUCAUCAUGUCUCUCACGAUUGAGCCUCUUCAUCCUACAUUCGCGGCGAAGGUGUUGGGUGUAGACUUCUCAAAGCCGAUUCCAGUCGAAACAUUGGAGGCGAUAAAGGCCACAAUUGCAAAGUAUGGCGUCUUGGUAUUUCCAGCAACAGGAUUGGACGACGAAAGGCACGUCGCGUUCGCUGAACACUUUGGCGAGCUUGAGCGGCGAAAGGAUACUGGAGCUCAGUCCCGGCUGAAGAUGCCUGAGUUGACUGACCAAGGCAACAUUGACGCGAGUGGCAACAUCAUUGGCUUAGCAGAUCCCAGAGCGCAAAUUAGCAAGGGAAAUACAUUGUUCCACGUCGACAGCAGCUUCAAUGCUCAUCGAGCAAGCUAUUCUAUUCUCUUAGCGCAUGACAUUCCUCCUCAAGGAGCUGGUGGCAACACCGACUAUGCCGAUACACGAACUGCCUGGGACGACCUUCCGGAACCUUGGAAGGAAGAGCUUCUCAGCAAGAAUUACAUUGCGAAUCACUCCUUCUGGCACUCACGCAAGACAGCAUGCCCUGAGUUCUUCGCUAAGCUCACGCCGGGAAACCACCCUAUGAGCAAGCAUAAGAUCGCCCAGCUGCACGAACCCAGCGGACGAAUGAAUCUCUUCGUUCCGUCGCACUGUCACCACAUUGAUGGUCUAUGCGAGGAUGAGGGAAAAGAAAAAUUGGAUUUCUUGUACAAGCAUGUCACGCAGGAUAAGGGCACGCCAGUUAUUGGCAACCAUAAACGGGACAUGCGAAGGGCGACUGUAUUAGACAGCGGCGCCGAGGCUUGGGGGCUGAAUGAGAAAGUGGAAAGGGAUUUCGCAUUUGCUCCUGAGGUAAUGGCGGAUGUUUUUCGCUCUCUGUCAGGCUAA